CACAGCGCGCAAAAAAUCGUCAACCGCUUGUGUACGGUGCCUGUCUUCCCUCGCUGCUUCUCCCCUCCCCCUCUUGUGCUGCGUACGUGCAUGAUUGUCUGUAGUUAUGGCCUCGUUGCGAUCAAGUGGCGAAGGCCGCGUCCUGUGGAUAAACUCACAAGGCCCUGUACGGGAGGUGCGCGAGGGCAUCAACCUCACACCAGGUGACAGACAGAGGACAGAAAGACAGACGCUGAAUACUGACUGUAUGCUUGGCUGACUGUCACCCUGUAUGUGUCCAGGGAGUUACUUCACACGGCUUUUCCUUCCUGGUGUGACGUUUGCUUGUGCCGGCGUUGGUCUGUUGCUGACGUUGUUGGUAUGUCAUCUGCACGGAGGCUCACGCCUAGCCGUUCUGGCAUUCCUGGGUAAGUAAGGUCAGCCAGAUGGAGCGAUAUCAGUCUUCCACAAGUGACAGCUCCAUUUUGUCGAUUUGCCUGCAUGCAGGGAGCGGCUUCGGCGUGGUGCUGGUGUCCACGGAUUUUGGGUUCACGAUGGCGUUCCGCAGCUUGAUAGCGGACAAGAGGAGCCGACAGUUCCAGCUGGUGCUGCUGCUCGCCGGCAUGACAUGCCUGGUGAGCGGUCCGGUGCUGGCCCUCUCCCCGUCCGUCUAUCGCCCCCAUGAGGCAGCCGUCGGCCUCUCCGUGCUUGGCGGCAGCUUCCUGUUCGGUCUGGGAAUGCAGCUGGGUGACGCGUGCGGAUCGGGCACUUUUCACAGGCUGGCCCUGCUCCAAUGGAGGGGCCUGGUGCUGCUGCCCACAUUCAUGCUCGGCUCUGUACUGGGGACGUCCCAGUGGCACAUGUGGGCGCAACUGCCCUGGUACCCCCCCGUCAUUCUAUACGAGGAGCUCCCCGUCGGCGUGGCCAUGGCCCUGCAGCUGGGACUCAUCGCCGCACUCAUCUGCCUGGUCCGGUGCGUCGAGUGGGCGGCCCACGGGGACAUGCAGCCCCUCAUUGUCAUGGGCGCUCCAGCUGGGGUGGCGAGUGAAACCGAAGCCAGUCGCCUGCCCCUCGUGUGGACCCGUUGGCUGGGUCUUGAUUGGCGGCGGCGGCACUACGAGAAGCUCGAGAUGACCCCCAUGCAUGACGGCGAUCCCGAGGAGCCCUUCUCGCCAUUUCCCAUUACUCCCCUCGACCCUCUUCGCCACCACAUGAUGGGGACAGCUGCCGGGGACACCCCACCAUUCUUCCCCAACCAGUCACCGACACAUCACCUAGACUUCCAUCUCGGCGCGCUGACCAACCCCACCCGGAUGAGGUCAGCUUCCGACGGCCUCCAGCAGCACAAGGCCGUCAGCGUGAGAAAGAAGCGCCGUGGCGUGACGCCUCGGUCCAGAGGCAGGAGGUGGCCCACCAGCAAGGUUGUGAGGCGGCUCUCGUCCCAUCGGCGGAGGAGGACUCAUCAUCCGCAUCAUGCGAUGGGCACCGUGACGCAGCAUGAAGGCAAUGCAGGGGGGCCAUCGGCCUCGUCCACGGUGCCUGGGACGCACUCGGCCCCGUGCAUUGGCCGGCAGCCGGCGGUCCUGCCCCCAGAUCCCCACAGUGACCCAGCGAGGCAGCGUGAGAGAGACGAGAAGACAAGGAGACCGAACGAGGCAUAUGAGCUUCGGUUAGUGACGAAUGGGGCCAGUGGUCAUUCCCCAUCACACCUGUCCCCGUCGCCCGACGACUCGCCUUCCUGGAUGCGAGAGGCGUGCUACCAGGCAGCCGUGGCAGGCAGCCCCCUCCUCCCGCCCGUCAGCGUGAGAGUCGAUCCAAGCUGGACAUCAUCUCGCGGCGAGAGUUCGGCUGAGAGCCGCUUCCUGCCCCCUUUGCCCCUCCCUGCCGUGGCGGCCCGCUCGCCACCGCCCGUGGGAGUAUCUGAUGAGGAGAGGGCGACUGUGAGGUCCAUGUGGCUCGCGGUGUGUCUGCUGGCAGCCCUGAAUGUCGCGACGCUCAUGGCUGGAGGCAAGCUGUGGGGAGUGAGCACAGGCAUCACCGUGUGGGGCGCCAAGCUGUACACGGCCUUGUUUGACCUGCCGGGAGUGGUGCCGUUAGCGCAAUGGCGGUAUUGGCAGAGAGCCGAUGCGCAAAGUGUAAGCGAAGCGCUCACCGAACAGACAGACAGACAGACAGACAUCACACGACCAACCGGCGCGCAUUGCAUUGUGUCGGUCCGUGGCACGUGUGCUGUGUGCAGUUGCUCGAGGCCCCGUUGCUGGGUUCCAUUCCCUCGUCAAUGGACGCGGGCCUCGUGCUUGGCGCCCUCCUGUGCGCAUGCAUGCUCGGCAGAAUCGACUGCACACGACCACCGCCCGUUCCUCUCCCACUUAGGUCAUGGUCCCGGCAAAUCCGCCAGCGGCGUCAGAGCAUGUCGUCGACGCGGUCGACGAGCAGCGGCUCGCAGCGGGGCAGCAGCAGCCGGUCAUCCAGCCAGGGCAGCCCCCAAUCGGGCAGCCCCGUCAGCUGGCCCACGGCUGCUGCUGCUGCUGCCAAUGGCGGAGGGGAAGGGCUCCAUACAGAUACACACGAGGGGGAGGGGAAGAGCCUGGGAGAGGUGGUUGAGGUGCCGUUCGAUGUGGCGUAUGAGCAGACGAUCAAUCUGCACACGCUGGUCGGUGCCUGCAUGGGCGGCAUACUCAUGGGAUACGGUGCACGACUCGCGGGCGGAUGCAACAUUGGCGGGUACGUCACCCAGUGCUGGGCAGGAGGGCAUCGGCACUCACUCUGUGUCUCUGUGUGUGUGUGUGUGUGUGGUUCAUGGUAGGUUCUUGGGUGGUGUGUGUUCAUACUCGCUUCAUGGGUGGGUGUGGCUGCUGGGCGCGAUGGCCGGCAAUGUGCUGGGAGUCCACGCAAGACCGUGCUUCAUCUAAUGGAUGAACAUGAACACACGGACCUGACUGACCGACCGACCGACCCAUGGCUGGAUGCCCUUGCGCACAUGCACACCUCCAU